AUCAAAAGUGAAAAAAGAAUGUCUGACCUUUUGAUAUCCGAAAAUCAUUCAGAACGCAUACUUUACGAUAUCGAAGUAGCUGCUACCUGGAAACCCGAUGAUGAAUUAACUGUUCUUGAGCCUGAUUCUCGAAUCAACACAUACGCUAAGGAAGAUCCGUCUUACGCACAGUUUCCAAGACGUGUCUUCAAACAAGUAACACACCGUCUGAAACGUAGCUUAGAAGGGCUCAUAAUUUCUACAACUGUUCCACCUGCUCUUCUACAAGAACGCCCUAAAGUAACGAGCGAAUGGCUAAUGCAAUUGUCCCCAGACGGAAAAUAUCUUGCAGUCUUGCAAGAACACAAGAUCGAAAUUCGGACUAGUGAGAGUGGGUUUGAAAAAAAUUACGUCAUUUAUAAUUCAAAGCGGGACGCUUUUUCCAAGUGGAGACGUCUCGCUUGGAGCUUAGAUUCUAAAAUUAUAGCUGCUACAAGAAGCGACGGGUCAAUUGAAAUCAUCAAUGAAGAUGGGCAAUUGGUCUGUAUGAUAAUUUCUAGUUCUAACAUUAACUCAGAUGUAGAAAAUGAUCCCCAAGCCGGUCAAAGCUUUUUUCUCGAGCCAGUGGCUUUUAUAUCCUUUGUGGAUCCCAAACGUGGGUCAAAUAAACCAUUAUAUUAUGAAGGCCAUAUUUACCAAUACGAAUUGAUUGUUAUCACUUAUGAUGGCGUCCUUCGUAGUUAUUUACUUAAUACUAUUGAAUCUGUUACUACUUUGAAUAGUAAUGAAACUAUAUCACGGCGAGCGAAAGUUAAUAUUACUUAUUCACGUGAAGGAUCUUAUGAUCCAGGAUACUUUGCUUUUUAUCACAAAUUUUCUUUUAAACAAUGGCUUUCUACAGUUGUUUGUGGCUCUGUAAUUACUCUGAAUGGAUUAUUGCUUUGUUUAGGUGGAAAGCCUAACAAUGAAAAUGAAGAUGAAUUAACUUUACCUUCUGUUGUAUGUUGGAUGCUAUUACCGGAUCGUCCUUUUUAUCGCAAACUCGAGUUAGAAGGAAUGGUAGACGAAUCUAUAGAUG